AUGAAGUUUUUGACGUACAGUUCGUUACUCGCCCUCCUUGUCUCCAAUGGAAGAUUAGUAUCCAGUCAAACUCCGCCGGGCUUCUCUCCCAGUACCAACAAAGCCCUGUACGUGUCGUUUGACAAUCAGGAAAUCACACCAGGGUUGCAUAUUCCUCUUGCUGACACAGCGGUUUCUCCAAGCAUCGCUUUUCCCGGCUGUGGUCCGCCGCAAGGCACACAUCUUGUCUUGAUGGUCGAUCUGGAUGCCCCUGAUGGAGCCAAAAAUCAUAGCCUAUCCCCUCUGUUACAUUGGUUGCAGCAAUCCAUCCCUGCCAGGCUCCCAGCAGUCUCAAGCAACUACUCUGCCGCCCACGUCGCCGCUCCCAUCGUACCAUUCUACAUGCCUCAACCCCCUCCGGGAUCGGGACUGCAUCGGUAUGUCGUCCUGGCUUUCGACCAACCGCAAAAGGCUUUCAGUGUGCCGGCCAACUUUACACAAUUCAGCAACGCGUACCGUUUCAACUUUGAUGUGGCCAAGUUUGCGGAAGAGGCGAAGUUGACAGUCGCAGGAGCGACUUGGUUCAUGACACAGAACACCACACAGGCUUAG